AUGGCAUGUACAUCAUGUCGGCAAGUUAAACUGCGAUGCGACGCCACGAAACGCUUCCCAGCGCCAUGCACCCGGUGCCAGGAACAUCGUAUGAGCUGCAAAUUUGACUCCAAGUUUAAAAGAAGGCCAGCGAGGGGGUCGCUUACCAAGGUAAUGGAAGAGAAUGACCGACUACGCCGUCUGGUCCAGGAUUCAGGAACAGUGCCUGCGGAAUCAGGCAUCCACACCGCUUCGCCAGCAGAGCGAACGGAUCAAGACCCUCGUUUCGUCGCCGACUUCGCCUGGGAGUUGCCCGCAUCACAGGCACUGGAAGAAGUUCAAUUGGACGGUCUGGCUAUCCGCGACCUUUUUGAGCACUUUUCUCGUCACUAUUUCCGUCACCUGCCAAUCUUGGAUUUGAGAAAACCCAUCGAUUCUAUCAGGAUCGCAAAUCCUCUUCUUUUCUGGACAGUCAUAGUAAUUGCAUCCAGAAAGCAUCCGCUACAUGGAACUCUCUUCUGUUCGCUAAAGGUGCCGUUCCUGCGGAUGCUGUCGGAAUAUCUGACUCGCUCCAUUCGCAGCAUUUGGACCAUUCAAGCGCUUCUACUCCUUUGUCUUUGGCCUUUCCCCGUAGCAAGUCAACUGGAUGAUCCGAGCUGGGAAUAUUGUGGGAUCGCCGUUGCCGCUACCCUGAAAAUGGGUCUUGACGACUCUCCAGCGUCCUGGGGCGAAGCUAUUCGACCCAGCCCAGAUGAGCUUACUUGGCGGUCCAAGACGUGGCUUGGAUGCCUUUGCGUCAGCACUAAUCUUGCGGCCUGUCUCUCGCUCCCGCCGCCAAUGGCCUCUGUCGCUCCACUGAUGCCUAGAGUUCGCGACAGUACGAGGAGCAGCCUUCCUGACGACUUUCUGGCGCUGCUCGAAGUUCAAGCCCAUUCAAUCCGAGCAGCUUCGUUGUUGAGCAAUCAGAUCAGCAACACGGCCCAAAGAUCAUUCAUAGAACUGCUCGAUAGUGAUUUGGACGCGGUGGAAGCCCGUAUGCCAAGCGGCAUGUCUGCCUCCCUUCAAAUCAGCGUACUUGCAGCACGCCUUCGGCUGUACUCGCUGCCACUACUCUCUCAAAUCUCACCUAGGAUUGUAGACGACUGCGCAGAUGCCCUUUCCAAGGCCAUAUGGUACAAAGGCUUCCAUGUAGCCAUGCGGCUGGUGAAUACCUUUGCUGAAUGGACUCAAUCAGACCGCAAAGACGAUUGUGACUCGACAGGUGAGAUGUUGACCAUUCAUUUUCCGAAACAGUAUUUCUAUGCUCUUGUCAUGGCAGGUAUGUACUUUAUCAACUUGCUAGUUAUCGAGACCAAUAUAUCCGCGUCCGACAAGCUGCUCGCCCAGAAUCAUAUCAAACAAGCAUAUGAAACGAUUACCGCCCAGUCGACCGAGGACAGGGAUGAAGCUUCGCGAGCAGGGAAAGCAAUUGACUUUCUCUCGCGCCAGAUCGAGGCGCAAAGCGGAUCUCUAGAACUGGGUCAAUCCGCCCAUGGAAAUCGUCCUUUGAACAUUAUCAACAGCGGUAUGAGGAUGGCAGGGCAGUUUCGAAGCAAGCUACGUCGCUCUGGGGAGUCGAAUACCCCUGCAAACUUACCUGCUGGGGUUUCCGAGCUGCCGGCGUUCGAAGACUUUACGGAAAUGCCGCCAUGGGGAGACGACUUGUUCGAAUGGAAUACCUGGUUCGCUGGAACGGAUUAUAUGAGCACAUUAUUCCAAAUGCCAGCGGAAACUGUUUAG